CCGGGAGUCGGCGCUGUCGGCCAACAACCCCCUUCCGCUGCGCCGCACCCGCUCUGCUCCCAGCGACGGCGCGAGAGGAGAUUGAUUGUGAUUGGCCGAGCACCGGAUUCCUACAGCAGGCGGGCGAUGCCACCUCGCGGCCGCAUGGAGCUGCGGCGGAUCGAGGACCGGGUGAGCCGGCAGGUGCGCUUCUCCAAGCGCCGCGCGGGGCUACUCAAGAAGGCCUUCGAGCUCUCGCUCCUCUGCGACGCCGAGGUCGCGCUCAUCAUCUUCUCCCCCGCCGGCAAGCUCCACGAGUACGCCUCCACCAGCAUAGAAGAUACAUAUAACCGCUAUAAGCAAUUUUCUGGAGCCGGAAAAACUGAGGAUGGAGAUCGAAAUAUAAACAAUAACAAGGAUGGAGCUUCUUCAGAUUUGCAGUCGACGCUUAGCGAGAUUGCAACCUGCAGGUCUUCCAAGAGCAAUGCUGACGAUUCAGAUGCCAAUGACCUAGAGAAGCUGGAAAAUCUUCUGAGAAAUGCUUUGAGGGAUACAAGAUCCAGGAAGAUGCAGAUGUUGGCGAAACAAAACAGCGGAGCGAGUACCAGUGGCCAGAAAUGUAAUGGAACUACAAGUGAGGAGCAAGGAACGCCGUGAGCACGGAAGCAGGGUGCAUCUGGUGAACGAAACGGGGCGUGCACGUAUGGUGCUCCCCCUUGGGAUCAAUACUUACUGAUUGUGGCUUUUGUAAGACUGUAUGAUGCUCUGCAACUGCAAGCUUGGAUCUGCCAACCUGUAGCGUCCCUUGAGGGGAUUAGUCCCAUCCUCCCCUGGUCUGUUGCGAUACGCAGCCUACCUAUAAUGGCAAAAAGUUUGGUGCUGUAACUGAUCAGAAUGAAUGCUUGACAGAUCUGAAUGCAGUAGGCAGUUGGUAGUUCGAUCUA